AUGGCCUCGGUUCCAUUUGUUUCGAUUUCUCAGUGUCAGUUUGGAUAUUUCUUGCAAUUCAUGGCUUGGGAUCUGUGGGGUCCAUCACAUCCUCAAGUUGAACUUGAGACUACUUACUUCCCGCAAUCGGAAUGGCAUUGUGACUUUUACUUUGGCUAUGGACAUGAUAUCAUAGAAGAAAAUGCGCUAAACGAGAAAUUUUGUUUAGAAGUAGUGAAGAGAUUGCUGGCAAAGGCCGAUACAGAAAUUGAUGAUUUCAAAAAGGAUUUGGUGUCUCUUCAAAGUGAACUAGCGUGGGCUAAACAUGAGGAAUGGAAUGACAUAUGUUUUGGUGCUUUGAGUGACAAUUUUGCUUUCGGUGACAGUUCUAUCAAGAAUUCGAGAAAUAAAGAUGAGAACAAUAUCGAGGUUCAAUCACUAGUGCAUACAGAACCUGCAGAGAGUACAGAUGAGAAAGAUGAGCAGCCUGCAGAUGUUAUGGCCAAAAGUUCUCUUAUCUAUGGAAAUGGCUGUUCCAGUGAGGUGAAAAAUUCAUGCAUGCCUAUUUUGACAGAAAAUGGAUGUGAUGAAAUAAGGAAAAAGCCUUCUACUAGAAGUCAAACCUUGAUGUCAUCUUUAACUUCUGAAAUCAAGGCAACCCUUCAACAAACCAAUAAGCCUGCAUGUCCCCUUGUUAAGUAUGGUGGUCAAGACGCUUUGAGACAAUCAGCUGGCAUCAAGAAGAGUAAUGGAUGUCCGGAAUCCAGCUUGUGCGCUUCAAGUCCGACAGAAUGUAAUGUAGAGCAAAAGCUGAUUGACUUUGUUCUGCAAACUGCACGAAAAGUGGGCAUCAGAAAAUCAAAGAUGACUAUGGGUAACAAGAUUGGCUGUCCAAAUGAGUCUUUAAGUACCACUAAAAAUGGAAGAAAUCAACGAAAAACAGUCAAGUUUCAAGGCAGGAGCACUGAUAAGGAAGGUUCUGAUCAGUUCACAAUAGCAAAAGAAACUCAAAGCCUAAAGCGAAAGAGGAAAUCACCAUUGAGUGCACAGAAUGUCCAAGAAACAUGUUUUCCUUCUACAGAGAUCAGUUCAAAUACAAAGGUUAUUUCAAAAGCUGAGAAGGAACAAAAAUCCAAAAUAACUGAUGACAAUACUAGGUUGAAUCUGAUUUCGAAGAAGUGUGAAAAAUUAGGUCAUAUUGAACAUUGUGAAGACAAAGAUCAUGGCACCUCUCAUGGUAAUAGUAAAACUUCAGCUUCACAGUUGCAAAAGAAGAGGAAAAGGACUCCAAGUUCCCCACUUACUGCAGACACUAGAGAAAGGACUGCAUGUUUAGGCUCAAAAGACUUGAACAGUUAUUUGCGAAAGAAGAGGAAAGUGACUUCAGUUUUCACAUGUACUGCCGAGGUAAAAGAUUUGUCUUUAAGUUUGCCAUUGCAAGAUUUACACAGAGACGCUACUAAUGGUUCUUUUGAGGAAGAUCUUAAGCAUCCAGAGAGGGAAGAUUCAGAAAUUGUAGAGGCUUCAAAGUCACAAAAGCAGAGAAAUAUGACUUCAACUUUCACAAUUCCUGCAGAAAUUAAAGAUCUGUCUUUAGGUGUGGGCAUGCAAAAUUUACACAAGGAUAGGGACGCAACUAAUGGUAAGGUUGAGGAAGAUCCUCUGAUCGUCAAGUCCUAUUCUGGAGAUGAUUCUCACACUAGGAAUUUGGUUCCAUAUGCAAUUCCAACUCCUAUUCCAAGUCAGAGGUUGAUGGAAAUGACUGUAGGUAAACUGAAAGAAUUGGCAAAGAGACUUGAACUGAAAAACAUUCACAAGCUACGGAAAAUGGAGCUGGUUGACCUACUAGCCAAGACACAGGGAGGUCACUAA